AACUCCUGCAUUCAACAUUCCUCCCUUUCUCUCUCUCUCCAUCUAUAGCGCACGCAUACAUGGCUAACUCGAAUAAUGAAGAGCUGUACAAAGCUGUAAUGUACAAAGAGCACGACCGUGUGCUUAGACACUGCAAAGAAAUUCCAGAAGGUCCAUUUCGCGUAUUGACCAUCCAUGAUGACACGGUCCUUCAUAUGGCCUUAUACUCUUUGCAAGUAAAGUUAGUAACGAGUUUGCUAGAUUUGCUCAAAGAAUUCCCUCAAGAUCAACUCGAACAAAAAAUGUUGCUUCAAAAUAAUACUGGAAAUACUAUCCUCCAUGAGGCAGCAAUUUGUGACGAAUUUGUCCCAGCCGCGAAAGAAAUGUUGCAUAAGACACCUGAGCUGUUAAUUAAGACUAACAAAUUUGCAGACACAGCUCUUUUUCGCGCAGUUCGUUAUGGACAAGUUAAGAUGUUCCAGUUUCUUGACAAAGAAGUGAAUAAAAGUAAAUUUAUCAGAGCAGCAGAUCGCAAGUCUUUUUAUCACAGUAAGCGAAGUAAUAUACUUCAUACGGCUAUUAUCACUGAGCAGUUUGGCAUGGCUCUUUUGAUCGCAAAAAAGUAUCCGCGUUUAGUUAAUGAAAGAGACGAAGAAGGGCUGACUGCUCUUCAACAUCUUGCGCGGAAUCCAGCAGCAUUUAACGAAGGUAGUGGAUGGCAGAAGCGUUAUAUCCUGUCCGGUGUCUCAACUGAAGACAAUACCAGUGUAAGGGAAGAAGGUAAAGAGUAGAUUGAUUAAUGCACUUCAUAUUUUAAUUUUGCACUACUAUCAUCAUCAUAGUAUGAAAAAUUUAGAAACUGAUUUUCAUUUCUUGGAAAGGUGCAUCAUGGUGUACACUGCCCUGGUGGGAGGAACUUCAAAAAAAGAAACAAAAAUAUAUAUCCGCUGUUAAACUUGCUCGAUUAUUAGCAAAAAGAGAACUACCAAGGAAGUAUACUGACCAUGAAGAAGAAAAAGAUUAUGUCCAUGAGUUUGGAGAGGAGCCAGACACUCCUUCCUUGAAAAAAGAGGCAAAGGAACCCCCAACACCAUUAUUUUUGGCCACUAGAUACGGCUGUGUGGAGAUUGUAAAUGAGAUACUCGGAAUACAUCCUGAGGCAUUCAAGCAUAUC